AUGUUCAGUAGGUUGUCUCGGCCUGUCUUGAACGCCAAUGCAAGGCUCUUUCUUGCGGUUAGAAAUACCCAUCGAUGUGGCUAUUCGGCCAUUUCUACUCAUUCCAGCUUCCCAGUUACUUUACUGCGCCUUAACGCUGGCGUAGCGUUCAAGCAAUCCCAAUCUGAGCGACAGAAUAAGCCAGGCAUCUGCAGCGAUCUUGAACAAUCAACCGAUGACAACAAAAACGCCGAUGAUAGGACGAAUUAUAUGCACGUAGCUGUCAAUAUGGCAACGCUUAUGCCAAACACAUUCCUCAUGCAAGAGUUCAUGCGGACAGCAUAUGAUAAUUACUUGGAUGAUAGGGAGAAUAGCCUGACCGUCGAACUUCCUUUUAUUUUCAUAAUACAAAAGGGAACUGUACUGCCUACAUCUCUUGUACUGCUACGAGAACAAUUCGCUCAAUUCUCCCUGCAGCCUUCUCUGCCUACCUCUACUGAAGAUUUCAUCGACAUCUUGACGGAAUUCUACUCAACACAUGCAGAUAAGCGGGAAGCUUUUGAAUGGCUGGCCGAUUAUCAGUACUGUGACGCCUUUGCCGAUGACAAAGAAAAUGAAUGGAUGGCUAAAUAG